AUGUCGAGCGCCGGGAGCACGCCUGGCAGCGCGCCAAAGGCGAUGUCCUCGAGGCUCUUGACCAUGAAAUUCAUGCAAAGAGCUGCUGCGUCAUCGCCUGCCUCUCCUUCAAGUCCUGCGGCCGAUGAACCCCCUUCAAAGCGCCUAAAAAAGAAUUCGGAUUCGCCUUCGAGACCUGCAGUCGAUAUUAAUACGCUCGCAGAUCAAAAGGCCAUUCAAGCUGCGCUAGAUGCUGAGGAAGCCAAGCGCCAGGCAGCUCUGGAGAGACAAGCUGCCGAAGCAGGAGAUACUCGAUGGGUGUUGAGCUUCGAAGGUCAAAACAGUUUACAGGUAGCUCCUAAACCCGCUUUACGAGUCGUUCAAGCAGGAUAUGCCAGUCUUGAUGUUCCCUUGCCUUCGCAUCUCAAAUCUACAGAAGUGGAAGAUUCAGACGAGAGCUCAGCAAUGAUUGGGCGCAGGAGCUUUGGCAAGUUCAACCAGACUCAGGAGAAACAAGGUUCUUCAUCGGACGAUUCCUCGGGAUCCGAUUCAGAGGAUGAGGAGUCCGACGAGUCAAGCGAUGACGAUAACGAUCCGACGAGCGAGUUGAUAAAGGCUUCUCGUCAAGAAGCUGCUCAAAGAGUAAAGGCGGAGCGGAAAGCCAAACGAAAGGCGGAAAAAGAUCAGGCUCGGGAGUUUGUCAAGAGAAGGAAGAAGAAAGAGGUCAAACUUAACCGUAUGACAUCUCUGACUGGAAGACAAGACAGACAAGCAGAGUCCAAUAAAGCUUGCUUCAAAUGCGGCGGGCCCCAUUUGAAGGCGGAUUGUCCACAAAAUCAAAAUCAUAAAAGGUUUUUCCAAGGUGGUGAUGAUGGUCCUUUGCGAAAGGCUCGCAAAGUAAAUUGA